UUUAAAUAAUCUCUCAGAUGUGUACAGUAGAACUCAAGAAGACAGACUACCAAGGGUCAUCUGAAGUCGUGAUUGGGUCACUAAUAAUACCAGGACAAAGUUAGAGAUCACUACUCAAGCAUAAGCCCCAGUUUUCAUAAGACUGCAGUGAAGAUGUUUGAUAUAAAGGCUUGGGCUGAGUAUGUUGUGGAAUGGGCUGCAAAAGACCCAUAUGGCUUCCUUACAACUGUUAUUUUGGCCCUUACUCCACUGUUCCUAGCAAGUGCUGUACUGUCUUGGAAACUGGCCAAGAUGAUUGAGGCCAGGGAGAAGGAGCAGAAGAAGAAACAAAAACGCCAAGAAAACAUUGCAAAAGCUAAACGACUAAAAAAGGAUUGAAGGACUGAAUAGGCUCUGCAACCAGAGGAAAAUCAUUUGGAAAAUUAUGCAGCUUUGGAAGAACCCACUAAAGUUUCUUCUUUGGAUUUCUUGACAGUAUUAUUUAGUAAAUGAAAUCUGACCAAAUGGAAGAAUCAUGUUAGUUCUGACCUCAAUACUAUAGUAACUUUUAGGCUUGGGUGUAGAAGUUUGUAGGUUUCUAUUGACAGUUAUUAUAAAUUAUCAUUUACUGUGGUACAAAUUCUUUAUAACUGACUUAGUCAUUUGCCGCUUAGCAGUUUAUCUACUGAAAUGAAAACAUCCUGUGGGGAAAAGUGACUUUAGAUUAUGAACUCAAUUCAA